GACUCUUUGUUAAGCGGAAAUUAUAAUUCAGUUCAUCUCACCUUGUUGAUUUGGCUUCACCAAAAUAAGAGAAACUAAAAGGAUUAACAUUGCCUUGCAGUAGAAGAGAUGCUAUUUUUUUAAGAAAUGUCAAUUCUCUGAAGAUUGAACCUUUUAUUAAGAUUUCUUGACAGACAUUCUAAGGAUGUGAAGAGCAGAUAAUUGUUUAUAUGAUGUGCUCUUGUAUCAUUUAGGAAAUCAAAACAUUGGAUUGUGCUGAAUAUAAUAUGAUGCCAGUGCUUUUUAUUUUUGUAUAUCAUUUCCAUCAUUCUCUUCAAUUUCCUUUUAUCAAUUCAUCAUACAAGAACAGAGUUUUGUCUUUCUUUCCUCCUUCAUAGACCAGCUUUUCCUUCUUUUGUUGCAUUCUUUGGAAAAAGAGGCCCUCCACCGCCGUUCUGUCAUUACUUGUUUAUCAUUAAACAAUCAGUGUCAUCACUUUUAAUCAAUGGAUAAGAAUUUAAUACUGCCUCAUUUGAUUUAGAUGCCAUUAUGCAUGCUAGAUUUUGUAUUUUUUUAUCUGAAAGAAUAUGCCAACAGAUUACUUUGUUGCUUAUUGGUUAUAAAUAAAAAGAAGAGAGUUGUUUGCUUUUAUGAAAGUGGAGCCAUUGUCACCAAUCUCAGGGCUGGCCUCUGUUUGCCUUUCUGUUUUGUUUAUACACGUCAUGAUUUCCAAGCAAUUAGUGCCACAACACUCUUUUCCUCUCCUUUUCUCCACUACAAAUUUCUUGAUACCCAAUGCUCUUGUUAGAGAUCAUAUUUUGAAGAACUUGGAGCUUCACAAACCUCACAAACUUGAAACCAUCCAAAUGGCCAAAGGGGUUGUGACCAAAUGCCUCUUCUUCUCUUUCCUCCUUCACAAUGUCCUCACUUUAGGGGAACCUAAGAAAACCAUGCAUGACUUGAUGGUAACUUCUGUGACAAAUCCUGCAACUGUCCUGCCAACAAAUCCCACAAAACCUGUAACUCAAGUCACUGCACCAGUGAUGAAUCCUUCACCAAAUUCAGCAAUUUCUGAGAAGACCUGGUGUGUUGCAAAGAAUGGUGUAACAGACGUCGCUCUUCAGCAUGCUCUGGAUUAUGCUUGUGGAAUUGGUGCUGCUGAUUGCUCUGCCAUCCAGAUUAAUGGCAACUGCUACAAUCCAAACACCCUCCAGUCUCAUGCUUCAUAUGCCUUCAAUAACUAUUACCAGAAGAAUCCAGUCCCAACCAGCUGUGAUUUCGCAGGAACAGCAACCAUUAUCAGCGCUAACCCAAGUUCAGCAGCUUGUGUCUAUCCAUCAUCAAGUUUAACAUAUGGUGUCAAUCCUGCUUCUACUUUUGGUGCUGGCACUGGUGAGGAUUCUGAGACAGUAUUAAACAUAAACAGGACAGCAGCCUCAGGCAGAGUUUAUGGUUUAGGGAUACCCACAAGCAGUACAGCAGUACAAGCAACGCCUGGACGUUGCUGCUGUCCAACUUAGCAACUUCACUAGUAGCAGUUGGUGGCUUCAUUCAGUUGUAGGCAUUUCAUGUUUAUAAGAAACAUGCAAAUACUCACCAUGGAUGUUUAGCAUCCCUUUUGGCACAGAGGGGGUAUGCCGAGCUCAAUCUCAAAGUUUUCUCACUAGUCGGAAGACUAGGAACUAUCUAUUUGUCCUUUUAUUAGUGUUAUGGUUUUCUACUUUGGUGGUUGUCUUGCUAGUGUAAUAUAUAUAUAUA